AUAGUGUAUCAAGUUAAAAAAAAAAGUGAAAAAAUAUUUCGUUUACGGAGCAAGGGAGUAUAAAAAUGAAUUGGAUCUACCCACAAUUCAACUUUCGGCGCUCGUAGGGGCACUCUCUCCGAAACACACACACACACACACCACUUGAGUUUUCCAAGCGAAUCCAUGGCGCACAAUCCUUCACAGCUUCUUCCGUCAGAGCUCAUAGAUCGAUGCAUAGGCUCCAAGAUUUGGGUGAUAAUGAAAGGGGACAAGGAGCUCGUUGGAACCCUCAAGGGUUUUGAUGUCUAUGUCAACAUGGUUCUUGAAGAUGUCACUGAAUAUGAAAUCACCCCUGAGGGACGUCGGAUUACUAAGCUUGACCAGAUUUUGCUCAAUGGAAAUAACAUAGCCAUUUUGGUUCCUGGUGGAUCUCCGGACCCAGAAUGAGCAUAACACCGAGUUACAGAUGUGAUCUUAUUUGAAGGGUAGAAAGUGUCUUUAAAUUGGUAUGUUGAAGGAUUGGGUGCUUUUUUUAAACCCAUCUUGGAUUUGGGUGUAGUAGUAGCAAAACUCUUUAAUCUGUGUAUGGCGUUCUAAAAAUAUCUUGGAAACAUUUGGUUUUGAUCAUGAUGUUGUACGGUUUACUAGUUCGUAUA